UAAAAAACAAUCCUAGGCGGCAGAUCACUAAUAACAAGGUUGUUUAGAGGAACUAAAAGUCAGCCCCGCUCAACACUUGAACAUGAUAAACAUAAUAUUACGAAUAAUAUUUAGGAAGUUUGAUACUUAUCUUAUACUUAACAACAAAAGAAAUCACUUUCAACUUCUCCAAUUUUGGUUCACGAUAAAAUAUUUUCUACACUGGGGGGAGGGGAUUCAAUUAAUUUAUAUAAACUAAAUAAAUUGAAUGCAGAAACUCAUGAUAAAUAGGAUCCCCAAAACAAGAAAAAUUGAAACAUUAAAUUACAAAAAAUAUUUAAUACAUUCAAUAUACAAAGGUAUAUAAAAAUUUAAAUAUAACGACAUUAUUCAAUGACAUUAUUCACAGUUGAAUGCCCAACCAAAUUCCCUUUUACUUAAUAUUUACAAGUAGUGUCUCUCUUAUUCACCCAAAACAGAUAAAAGCUUCCAAGAUUUUUCUAGUCCGCUCCGAGCUGUCAAUAGCAGCCUGGCGUUUAAAGCUGGUCUCACACUAGUCAUUACUAGCUCGCGGUUUCGGCCAGCAUCCAGCCGAUGCUAGCGAGCAAAAGUGUUGUAUCGUCACACUCGUGGUUUCGAGGAGCAGUAGGAAAAAGUAAACAAAACUGAUCAGCUGAUAUCAUCAUGGCGCCCGGAAAUCGUCGGACUGUUGCAAGAUGUGCUGCGGUGAUGUGUCUUCUUGGAGUCUUACGUGAAUGCAAGAGCAACAAAAAACGUUUGUGGGUUCGAGAGUGCCUCAGGAGAAGAGAGGACAAAGGUAUCUUUGACAACUUGUGUCGGGAAAUGAGGUUGGGAGAUGGCGCUGCCUUCUACAACUACCACAGAAUGAACAAAGAUGAUUUUGAUUAUCUCUUGAGGCUUGUUGGGCCCAAGAUUGCUAAGCAAGACACCAGGAUGAGAAAGGCUAUUCCACCAGAACAGAGAUUAUGUCACAUUGAGGCACUUGGCAACAGGUGAAUCAAAAACAUCCCUGGGAUAUUCCUACAGGAUCAGCCCAAACCUCCUUUCAAGCGUCGUUCCUGAGGUGUGUGAGGCCUUAUAUGCAGCUCUGCAACCGUUAUAUAUGAAAAUGCCUACAAAUGAAGAGGAAUGGCUUCGCAUCCAAGCAGAACUUCAUUCUCUCUGGCAGUUUCCAAAUUGCUGUGGUGCUUUAGAUGGGAAGAGUGUUCUUAUAGCCAAACCUCCAAAAUCAGGUUCAACAUAUUAUGACUACAAAUGUCAUUUCAGCUCCAUACUUCUUGCCCUUGUUGAUGCGAAGCCGAGAUUCAUUUAUGUAGAUGUUGGUAGUGCAGGACGUGCCAGUGAUGGAGGUGUAUGGGAGAAAUGCUCUUUGAAAAGGGCACUUGAUAGGGAUUUGGUGAAAUUUUCUCCUCAUAAGUCCUUACCUUUUUUGCAGAAAGCAUGCCCAAGUGUGAUUCUUGCCGAUGAUGCUUUCCCUCUCACUACUACUUUAAUGAAACCUUACCCUGGUCGAGGACUGACCCAUGAGAAAAGGAUGUUCAACUACAGGCUCUCUCGUGCUAGACGCACAUAAGAGAAUGCAUUUGGUAUACUUUCUGCGAAAUUUAGAAUAUUUAAGCAGCCGAUUAAUACAUCUCCAGAAAACAUCAAUUCAAUUAUUUUAGCUGAAUGUUCCCUUCACAAUUUUUUACGGACCCGUUCACCAAACACACAUGCACCAGCAGAAAUGUCGGAGCCUGAGGACCACUGCAAUGGUGGUAUGAUAGGCCUACUGCCGAUUCCUAGGCGCCCACAGAAUGAUGCUGCAGUUGUAAGGGACACUUUCAUGGCCUACUUCAAUGGUGAAGGCAGAGUUC